GAGGAUUUGCUGCAGCAAUAACCACUCCAUUAGAUGUUGCAAAAACUCGUAUAAUGCUUUAUUCAAAGUCUACUGGCCCUUUAGCAGCUCCUUUUCAGAAAGUUCCUAAUGUAACUGAAACCUUAAGUGCAGUUUAUAGAGGAGAGGGAAUUCAAGGAUUAUUUUCAGGUGUAACACCACGAGUAACAUGGAUUACUAUAGGUGGAUUAAUUUUCUUUGGAGUGUAUGAAUAUUCAGUAUACAUACUAGAUAGAAGAUAGACAAGUAAACCAGGCAUAGUCCAUUAAUUUUUCUACUCACAUGGUUUAAAAUAUAGUUGCCUGCUCAUCUGGUGAAAUAAAUGCCACUGCUGUCAAA